AACCUACCUAGCUCUCUCGACUGAUUCGCUCUCCCGCAUUUCACCUGUUCGCCUUCUGAAGUGAAACACUGCAGGAUCUGAACACAUAAAGUGAAUGGUUAAAUUACAAUAAUUGUAAACUUAGUCAAAUUCCAUAAAACCUUACAGAGAAUCAUUAACUCGUGUUAACCGAAGAGCAAAAUCUACUUGGAUCCGUGCCACUCACAAGGAUGCACUUUUCUGUCAGCUUCGUCGGUGCUCUUCUUGUCGCGACAAUCUAUCAAGUGAGUGGUCUGAGCAAAAUUAUUGGCCAGUAUGGAACCACCAUUGUCAUUCCGUGCCAUAACCAGGGUACAAAUUCAAAGGACUUGUUCAUGACUAAAUGGAAAUAUGAAAAGAGAGAUGGAAGUUCUGGAGACCUGCUGGUUAAGAAGGCAGGCCUGAACAUCUCCAUCAUUGCCACAGAUGACUACAAGGACCGCGUGAGCAUGGCCGAAAACUCCAGCCUGCUCAUUUCUGAUGCAACACUGGGUGACCAGACAACCUUCACCUGCAUGAUGGUGGAAGGAAAUGACAUUGCAGAAAACCGUGUGGAAGUGGUUGUCCAGAAGGCUCCCUCCAAACUGGAAGUAUCUGGCCAAGUUGAGGAGCUAGAGAUUGGCAAACUAACCACGAUGGGGAAUUGCAGAGCACACGAUGCCAAUCCGCCCGCAGACGUCACAUGGUUUAAGAACAAGAGACCUCUGGUGGCUGAUGGGAAAGGGAUCGUUGUCGAAACCUCAGUUGAGGUGGACUCCAUCACGGGCCUUUCAACCACCUCCUCCAUUCUCCAGUACGCUGCUGAGAAGGAGGACACCGACACUCAGUUCACCUGCGGCUCCCAUCACCCUGCUGGGGAUGACUUGGUAACAGCACCUGAGACCUUCACUGUCACCUACCCGACAGAGAAGGUCAGCCUGGAGAUUAUCCCUGAUGACCCUGUGUUGGAAGGAGACAAUGUGACUCUGAAGUGCAAAGCCGAUGGAAACCCUCCUCCAACCAGCUUCAACUUCUACAUCCAAGGUGCGGUGGUGAAAGUGGAGAACUCGGACACCUACGUUCUGACUGAUGUCACGCGCGACAGCACUGGUGAAUACAAAUGUGCUCUUAUCGACAACAGCAACAUGGAAGCUUCUGAAAACAUCACUGUUAACUACCUGGAUAUGACCUUGAGCCCCUCUGGAAAAGUCAUAAAGAGUGCUGGAGAAAGUUUGGAUCUGACCCUCCAGACCGAUGCAUCAGGAGAACCUAAAGUGUCCUGGACAAAGGACCAUAAGAAACUGGACAAGAAGCCCAAGUUUGACAAACUGACGUUCUCUGACUCUGGUUUGUAUGAGUGUGAAGUCGCCAUUGGCACUCUCGUCAAAAAAGAUUCAUUUGAAGUCGUUGUUGAAGGGCCCCCUGUCAUCCAGAGGUUGAUUAAACAGCGUGGUGAGGAUGGUCAGCACAAGGUCCUGGUGUGCGAGGCUGAAGGUUCCCCCAAGCCCAGCGUGGCCUGGAGCAUCAAUGGAACCUUGCCUUAUGAGAGUUCCUUCAUCAAUGGGAAGAUUACCCACAAGCUCACUAUUGUGCCUGUUGUGAAUCUCACUGUCUCUUGCACGGUGUCCAAUGAUUUGGGCCAAGCUACCAAGGCCAUAAAUGUGUCCACUUUAUUUGAGGAGGUGAGAAUGGAUAAACAAGAUCAGUCAGAUGAAAAUGACCAGACCAAGCUGGUGGUGGGCAUUGUUGUGGGUCUGCUCCUGGCCACGGUGAUCGUUGGUUUGGCAUACUGGAUCUACAUGAAAAAGUCCAAGCAAGGAACCUGGAAGACUGGUGAGAAUGAGGAUGGAUCUUCUGAAGAGAGCAAGAAGCUGGAGGAGAAGCUGGAGGAUAACAGCCAAAAAGCUGAGGUUUAAUGUCAUCUUAAGAGGGUGAGGAAGCAGCGACCAGAAGCUUUUGCACACUUCUGCUCAGAUUUGAAGAGGGGCAUUGCCUUUGGAUUCAGGGAGACCCUCCCCCAAAAGCAUAUCCACAAACUUUUUUUCCGCUAUUAAAAACAGCCUGUGUGAAUGCAUAUGCGGUGUACAUAAUGUCUGCACUAACUGAUAAAAAUGUGUAAGCUUCCCUAUUAUGAACGUUUUGUUCAAGUACUAGUUAAAAGGAAUGUGGGAAACUGAAGAAAAUACAACUUAAUGUGUUGGCUUUGUUUUGGUUAUCACUAGUAGAACUACUACUAGACCAGUUGCCUUUUCUGUAACAAUGUGUUCAUUGGCCUAUUACCUCCCUUAUCCUCAAUGCAAUAGGAGGUUCUGAGGAACUUGUGUUGUCCCAUCUUACCUACAAAUCAUCACAAAUUCUUCUCCAAACUAAUUGUUUGUCUCAAUAGUCCAUAGAGUUGCUUUCAUCAUGGUCAUCACAGAAAAACAGUUUAUAAAAAUUGAAAUGGCUCAGGAUGUGUAAUUAUACUUUGCUUUGAUUACAGACUGUAAUAUGACUUGUGUCAUAUGGCAGCAUAUGUGACAUAUGCUGUACAAAUGAUUUUGUGAGAUGGUGCAUGGUCCUUAAUUUUAUCCUAUACAUUUUAGAUAUCUAAUUGUCAGACAAUUGAGUGAACCUGCUAGGAAGCUCACUAGACCAUAUGUCUGCGCAUCGGUGUCACAUUGAUUUUGGACACUGCAUAACAAAAAAAAUCUGUGUUUUUGUCGUGCUAGGUCAUUUAUGUGCUCUGUCUGUUUUGUGUAAAAAUAUGAAUUAUCAGCUGUACACUUCACAAUUUAGGUCAAGGUUAUCUGUGAGCAUUUACUGAAUAUGUAAAUAUAGCAAAGCUGGAUGUAAUUGUUUUAUUUGACCUUUUUUGCUAUUUAUAUUGUUCAAGAUUAUUGUUCAAGGUUUUAUUUUCUUUUAGAAGAAAUCAAUUACUAUCACUAAAUUCACAUCUUAGAUUAAAAGGUAUUGAACAAUUACUUGCAGAAAUUUGAAUGUUAGAUUCACCACUUGAUACAGUAUUUUAAACUGAUGAGCCGCUGUUUGCUAACUUUCAUGUAAAACCAUCAAAUUGGAAAAAGACCAAAGAGGCCAUUGCCAUGCAAGUACUGUAAAUACUGACUUUUGUUUUUGUACUUUUGUUUAAAAUAAAGUGUACAUUUUGAA